AUGAUCGGAGACAACUGCAUUUAUAAUCGAGUUAAAACGUUAAUUUUCGUAUAUUUUCGCUACUUUUUCAUCGUAGAGUUGUUUGCCAAGUAUACAUGCACAAAUUGCCAGGAAGAUAUCCCGGGAAUACGGGUGCAUUGCGUUGUUUGCUCUGAUUUUGAGCUCUGUCUCGCGUGUUUUGCCGCAGGUGCCGAGAUCGGACCGCAUCGCAAUGACCAUUCGUAUCAGUUCAUGGACUCGGGCAUUCUGUCAAUUUACCGUGGCAAAGGUGGCUGGUCAGCCCGGGAGGAACUCCAUCUUUUGGAUGCCAUUGAGCAGUAUGGCUUUGGCAACUGGGAAGACAUAAGCAAACACAUCGAAACACGUACAUCUGAAGAGGCUAAGGAUGAGUACGUAUCGAAGUUUCUCAAUGGGACGGUAGGACGCCAUACUUGGACAAUGGCAACCGACCACCGUCCAAAGCUGACUGAUCAUACUUCCGAUGACACGGGCCCUCUAAGUCAGCUACUAACACAGAAGCUUCCACCGAUGGACUGCAGCAGUGAAGAAGCAGCUGCCCUAGGAUAUAUGCCCAAUCGGGACGAUUUUGAACGGGAAUAUGAUCCAACAGCUGAGCAACUUGUGUCCACUUUGUCACUCCAGCCGGAUGAUGAAGAUGUAGAUAUGCUGUUGAAGUUGGCACAGGUUGAUAUCUAUACUCGAAGACUGCGCGAGAGGGCUAGACGGAAACGUGUUGUCCGUGAUUAUCAAUUGGUCGCAAAUUUCUUCCGGGGUAAUGCCAAGCGAGCCAAGAUGAAUCGCGAUCAGCGCGAGUUCCGUGAACGGUUGCGAACUUUUUCUCAAUUUUAUACUUCAAAAGAAUUUGAAAAUUUGAUCGCGUCGCUCGAACGCGAGCGAGGUCUUCGCAUACGGUUGUCCGAGUUGAAUCGAUACCGCUGGAACGGACUUCAACGAAUGGAUGAAAGUGUCCACUUUGAGCAGCAUGCGGCGGCCGCGCAACAUAGGAACACUGGACCCUAUGGGCACGGACGUACGGACAACCGAAACAAAGGCGCCUCAUGCGAAACAAACAAGGGAUCCUUGGCGUUGUCCAGCUCGCAGAUAGCAAGAAGAAGCGAAAACGACGGCCGAAACUUAAAUUCCACCGGCCAAAGGCUCACGCACCACAUCGACGACCGGGUCUUCUCCGACGGCUCAUUCAACAACAGAAACUACUCGGAUAGCUCACGGGGAACGGAUCCGUCGAGGCACCACGGGCAGUCCAAUCUCCACGGCAACCAGGUGUUUCCGGAUCCGGCUCUGCUGCAGCAGCCCGGCGUAAAGCUACUAACGUCAAACGAACUGCAGUUGUGCAACUCCCUCAAUCUGCCAGUCACUCGAUACCUUAGCCUCAAAACUGUAUUGCUUGGCCGUCCCUCGCUGGAUCACGGAAUCAGUUCAGUCGCGGAGGGGAUGGUGAAAAAGUAUCUCAUCAAAUCGGGAUGGCUGCAAACAAGCCCUCAAAACUAAUAUGUGGGAUGAAAUAUUUGCGGUAAUCUCAAGUUAAAUGGUCGAAAAAAUGCAACAAAAUAUUGGUAUCUAAAUACAUACUGCCAUCUCACACAUUUUCGAUAUGACGUCGUCAACGAUCAAAUUAUACUCGUUAUUCCAAGGACAGUUUAGCAACAAUUAUUAUAGUAAUCAAUUUAAAAAUUUUAGCAUAACGGAUGAUGUCAAAUAAGUCGUACACGUAGAUUGUCACUUUGAGCAAAUCAGUGGUUAGCAAAAGUAACUCCUAUUCAGAACUGCAGACAAAUGUAUCAUGUGGACGCUGUGUAUUGUUGUAAAUAGUCAGCCUAAUAAAUUAUUGUCACGUUACGAUUCCCAUGUGCAAA